UGCACUAUUCUUCACAAAACUUUCUGUUAAAUAAGAAGAUAAAAAGCAUUUAUCUGGUUGGUCAAGAUAUAGGAUCUACAGAGAGAGCUAAAAGUGAUUUCACGGUACUGGUUGUUCCCUUGGUAUGCUUAGUAAUGUCGUCUGCAAACAGUAUAGAAUCCUUGGGAACGUUGCAAUGGGAUAUAAUCGAACUAGCCAACCAUUUGCGUCAAGAACGCUUAUUUGUCAGUUCAGAGCAACAGAAUUUGCAGAUACUUAAUGAAAAGGUGCUGUACGCGUCGUCGAAUUUGGCUCAACAAGCAUGGAUUACGGCGCAGCAAAGAGUUAAUCUUAAUCAAUUGAUAAUGUCUAAACCAUACUGUACACCAGCAUCUUGCUGUCAGAGAGCAAAUACAUUGGAAAAUUCACAUUUCAUUGAUGUGUACAAGUAUUUACGUUAUCAGGCAUGUUUAUCGUACGGGGAAUUCUUAAGCGCUCUUAGAAAAUUUCCAAAGCUGCUUGCACUGUGUUUGGUAAAGGGGGACAAAUUAUUGCCAGACUUGGUGCAAAGUAUUGUUCAGUCACUAGCAGCGGGUUUAUAUGGUAGUUGUUUGCUACCUGAAGAUAAAAUGUUGGUUCUGCAGUUAUUGAAACAUCUGAUGCUGCUGCAGAUUGUACCAUCGGAUAAUCCACGAAGAUUACUCCGACACGGAACGUGUGCUUUUUCUAGGUUUUACUCAGUUUUUCACGAGAGUCUAUUUUCGGCCAAGUUCUUCUUGACCGCCGCUUUACAUAAUCCUAUUGUACAGUUAUUAAUGGAGGAUGAGAUGUUUCUUGACAUCGACCCAGACAAGGCACCCGUAAGGUUUCCUGCGUCGGAAAGAUUGAAGAAAUUUGGCAAGGAAGGUAGCCCCGAGUACGAAGCAAAAUUGCAACGUUACAGGCUCUGGACGAUUAAUUCUUUAUUUCAUAUUACGCAACGAUUUAUAGUCAGUAUACGGGAAAAUAUGCAUUGUUUUCCCAGUAGCGUAUGCUGGUUGGUUAGACAGAUGGCGGGACUUUUGGGGAAAAAUGGGAACGUUGAUUCCAAAGAGGUGCACGCGAUGUGCACCGAUUUGGUUUUCACGUAUUUUAUAUGUCCUGCGAUAGUGAACCCGGAGCCGUAUGGUAUUACCGACGCACCUAUCAGCUACGUUGCCAGAUUCAAUCUGAUGCAAGUUGGACAAAUUUUGCAAAUGCUUUCCCUAAUGAAAUACCAAACUGUUGACGGAAAAACGUUCGAUCUUUAUAAGAAAUUCGACAAGGAUUCUGUCUCUUCUAUAAUAGACGCGAUGGUAGACUGUGCAACAGAGGAACUUGAGGAAGAGCCUAAUAUCAUCGAGAAUAAUAAACUUGGAGGGCUUUCCCGAUCUGCUGCAUUGUUCACAGAAACAGAAUUGAACACAUUGAUUACAUUUCUGCAAACAAUAGCUGCUGAAACAACGAUAGAGAACGGCUCGCGAUCUGCCGCGUUCGACUCGAAGCAGUUAAUCGAUAUGCUCUCCCAGUUGCCAUCCGGUUCCAUAACCGCAAAUAAAUUGGGUAAUAAUGUUUCGCUGGAAAGCAGCAAUAAUAAGAAGGGAAGUCUGCUGGGAAAAGGAAAAGGUCGAGGAGUACGGGUGUCGUCGUCGUCGUCGUCGUAUUCGUCUAAUACGACUAACGAUGGAGCAGAUGAACUGAACGGAACUUCCACCCCUGAAGAAGAGUCCGUCGAUAAAAAUCCUCAAGAUGUUCUUGUUAUUCCAUUUGGACCAAACACCGGAGAAUUCGUAGGACUUUUAAGUGAACAGAAAGUUUUGUGCACGGAACUUGAUCAAUCGAAUAUGGAAAACGGACCAGUUACUCUGAAUCUUGCGGAUGAUAUAUCUAAUGUGCACGAUAGGCGGGAAAGUUGUAGUGUUGAACGUAUAGAAACGCAAGAGAAAAAAACGCGGUUUUCGUUGUCCCACGAUGAAGUUUUAUUCGAAGGUUUCAUCGGAAAUACUUCGGAUAAUUUAGAAGCUGUAUCAGAAGCUGCUUCGAACCACAGCGUUGCUUCAUCGCUGGAAUUAGAAACGGAAGAUCAAAACGAUAAUCUCUCAGACAUGGUAUCUGCGAGUGUAUCGGGACGAGGAACGCCCAAUAUAUCAGGUCGCGACACCCCAUCGUCUCAGAUCACUGAAGGAGACGAAGGACGAGCAGCGGGCGAAACGCGACAAUUAGAUUUACCUCCAUCAAAUAUACCGACGAAACAGAGUCGAUCCGAGAUAGACGAUAAGUUUUGCAAAUUUGAAAUUAAGAAAAUGAUCGAAGGUGAUGAAACUGUUUCGAUGGUAUCCGAUACCUGGUCGACGGAUGUCCUGGCCUCGGAUAGCGAAAUAGUGGAGCAGCAAGAAAAAAUAUCGUAUCCACCUUCGUCCGAGCGAACCCCACCAGUUUUAGCAACAACGUCAGAAUCAGUUCCGCAAGCCGUGUUAGACGUCAGCGAAACUGCAUCUGAAGCUUGGAGCACCGAUGUAUUAGCUAGCGAUUCUGAAAGAUUAACGGAAGUCGAUACUGACGAUACCGCCAGCGUUGCGAGAUCGGACGAUACUGCAAGAUCGGAAAUCGAAGUUGAAGCUCGUAGCGAAGGCGACACUACCGAAAAGACCCUAACACCGGCGAUUUCCCGUAAGAACAAAAAUGUUGUACCGACCGAAUGUGUCUCAACGGCGGCGAACCUUCAAUCGAUGGUAUCGGUGGUGAGCCGUGAGAAUACACGAUUUUCUAGAACCGGUUCAUUCUCUCUUUCACCGACAGCAUCUCCCACGGCAUCCUCUUCGAAUGUAAUUGUACAGAGUGUAAUCAGAUGCGAUUAUCAAAGAAGCAUGACUGAAUAUAUCGACAAAAAUGCCAACAACAUUGCUGGAGAUGCGAUAGAUUACGAUAAAUCGUUGUGCGAAGAUAGACUGGUCCAUCUGAUAGACAAACUUCACAUCGAAAAUGGAAAGGGUCAGAUGGAGCGGCAAAUUUGUUCAACUCACAAUCAUAUCGGCGUAGCAGCCGUUGCGCCAGCUUUGUUAUUAGCUAAUCAUAUCUCGCCGCCUACUUUGUUGAACAUAGAAAAGUCACGUAACAGCAACGCGAAAACAGAGUCGCAGGAAUUGGAAAGUAGCGUCGGUUCGGUCGAAGAAAAUGUAAACGAAAGUGGUCAGGACAUUGGCGUUGUUGGAUUAAGUACCGGCAGUUUGGCAUCAAGCAGUAGCUCUGGCUCCGAGUCACGUAUGAAGAACACGAGGUCAGAGUUACCACUGUCGGGUCCGGGAACACUGGUGGUGAAUGAAACUUGCGAUGCGAUCGAUAUCUCGACGAAUGACUCUCCGAAACCGAACGUGUCCAGCGGAGCUAUACCGAAAAGUAUAAGCUUCGAUAUGACUGCGGAGCGUGGGGAUAAGGAAUUGUUGGACGACGAUCAGAAGAAUAAAAGAAGCUUCUUUGGGAAGUUGAAAAUGUCCCUGAGAAAUCGACGGGGUAAAGUGAUUCAUCGUGGUUCGGACGACAUUGCCGGCAGAUGUUACGAUCGUGAAACGAUCGGAGAUGGUAUCGACGUAGGACGGCACAGAUUACGUAGAAUAAUGUCAGAAGACGUGUCAUCGUCCGGUAAUGGGACCGGUGAUAGUACGGACGAUAUUUUAGCUAAAUACAGGAGGAAACCGAGCGCAGCGAGCGAUACCGCGUCCAUAGAGAGCAAUCAGUCUCGUACGAAAGAUCCAACCGAAGACGAGAGACUUUUUAUGGACACGAAUAACGUUGAGCUCCUGCAUGCGUUUGCCGAUGCGAAGAGGAAGUUACGAAUGGUACUUAGUACUGCUGAUCUCCAGCAUAAUCCUUGGAGCGCUACGUCCGAGCGGAAUUGUUGGUCACAAAAAGAAAACGAAUUAGUCGCCUUCCUGCAAUUACAGUUGGCAGAAGCCAUCAAUUUGCAAGACAGAGCAUUAAUAGCGCAUCUUCACGAAACGCUGCGUUGCGUUCGAUUAUUUAACGACGACGGGUGUAGAAAAUUGUUCAGAUCAUUGCGCGAAGAUUAUCAAAAACGGUCACCAUACAUCGCCUACUUAAUUAGAUGUCGACAAGGACUGCUUUCUACCUUAGCACACUUGGACAGAUUGUGCGUUAGAGUAAAAUGCGACCGCGAUGCCGUUAAUAAUCAUCUCGUAUCUGUAUGCGUGAGAGUUUUCUUAGAGAAAAGAGAAUCGCUUCUUUUACGUUUUUGCGAUGAAUUCAAAAAGUUAACAUUGGCUGAUGAGAAGCAAGAUCUUGUCGAUAGCUUCCUGAGUAAAGUUCACGCAAAAAUGGACAAUGAUCCAAUUUGGCAAUGUGCCAGUGAAAAUCAACUGAAUUUGGCGAGAAUCGUAGUGGAAAGGAUCGUGAUGGCGCGUGUUUAUCAUAAUGCGCUCUAUCCGAACGGGGACGGUGACGUUUACAGGGACCAAUUACUUUACGAUCACAUAAAAAAAUUGGCCAAAGUAGUGACGCCGAAUCAUAAAGACCUAAGAAUUCCUAAGAUAUAUCAUUACGAGUGCCCCUGGCCGUGGGCUCAGGCAGAAUUGGCUGUGAUAUCAGCUUAUAAAACUCCUAGGGACAAGCUACAAUGCGUCUUUCGGUGUGCUACUACCAUUAUGAACCUACUUUCAAUGGCAACCGAGAGAGGAGUACCUGCAGCCGAUGAUCUGAUACCUGUAUUAGUCUACGUUAUCAUUAAAACUAAUCCGCCCUCCUUGCUCUCAACCAUACAGUACGUGGAUAGUUUUUAUGGAAAUCGAUUAGGGGGAGAAGAACAAUAUUGGUGGACACAAUUUUGUUCUGCGAUUGAAUUUAUAAAGACUAUGGAUUAAGCCGUUUCCAGUAUCAAGAUACUGUUGGAACUGUAGAAAUAGUGUAUCAUAAUUUACAUUGUCGCUGUCGUUAUUAUAAUUUCUCAAUAAUUCUCAUUAUCACUAUCGCAUUAUUACACUCAUAAUAAUUAUCAUCCUUCUUAUUAUUUCCGUUACCGUCAUCGCUCUUAUCACCCUCAUUGUGACUAACAUUGAUAUUACAAUUAUCGAUGCUUUUACCGCAACUACUUUCUGUUAUUUCCAUUUAACUUGCUCUUGCUAUUAUGCUUAUUCUCCCCAAUUAUUGCUAC